CAACCUGCCCCGCCACCUAGAGGGUGCGGCUUUCACUCUCAAGGAAACUCAGUACUCAAGUUUGAAGGGAACAUCGUGGUGUAAUCACAGAUCGUCCAACCGGAAAUAGUUCAUUUCGCUAACAACGUUGGUGACUUAAUUUCUCCUUAGCGAUGAGACCCGAUUCCCGGUUGGCGAUUCAACCGAACAGUACUUCGGGUGUCCUUUGCCGCGACUGUAGUUCAUGGCGGGUUUGGUAAGACUUCUUGCGCGCCGCUUGUCCCUAUUUAGGGUGACCAUGCGCCAUGAAGCGUGCUGCCUUUGCUAUCUUUCGGCGGAGCGAGCAACUCUGGCACAAACCGAUAUCACAAAGUACCACAUCAGACAUGUCGAAUUUUGCGAUAAAGGUGUACCGCCGCGCCUUUGCCAUAAAAGGAAAACACGCGUUUUACAUGUGUCCUGCACCUGUAAUGACGGAUUGGCAUCAAACCUCAUGGUUCCAAUUUGCAAUCGAGAUAGUAUAACACAUUCAACCGCGUCGCCACUAGACGUGAUCAUUGAUCCACCGCCAUUCACUGGCAGUGCGCUUUUGGACAACAGAUCUUUUAUUGCAAUCUCCCCUCUCGGCAUUAAAUUCCAUGUUUGUCAUCCAAUACCACGUCCACGGCUUUUCUAGGGGUCCUCUUACUUCAUGCAUAACGGCUAACCUGUGCGCU